AAGAAGAUGUCCACAAUGCAUACCUGAUAAACUAAGAUGGCGGUAUUUCCUGAAUGGUUGUGUUUGUGAACUUUUGUACUUUGUCUUCUGUUCUAAACAUUCCCGUUUAAUUCAGUUCCUUUUCUGGUUGACACAUGAUUGUCGUUUAGCACGAGAGUAAUGCUUAUUUGUGCGGGUUUUCACUUUGCGUUGUGGUGUUUGUGAAUUGGCAACGUUAUAUCUGGGGUCAGGUAGCGGAAGGAGGCGGGAGAGACGGUUCAACGGUGUCUAAAUAAUAAACCAGCUCAGAAAUGAAGGAGGCUUUGUCCCUGGUCCAGAGACUGAGCGCACACCCGGACUCUCGCUGCUGGUUCGUCAGCUGGAACCCGACUGGGACAUUGUUUGCCUCAUGUGGGGGUGACAAAGCCAUCCGGAUAUGGGGACGUGAAGGGGAUUCUUGGAUAUGUAAGAGUGUCCUUCACCAGCACCAGCGCACUGUGAGGAAGGUGGCGUGGUCUCCCUGUGGGAAUUAUUUGGCCUCUGCAAGCUUUGAUGCAACCACAUGUAUCUGGAAAAAGAAGAAUGAUGACUUUGAGAGCUUGACUGUGUUGGAAGGACAUGAAAAUGAAGUCAAAUGCGUGGCAUGGGCCCCUUCAGGAAAUCUGCUAGCAACAUGUAGUCGAGACAAGAGUGUCUGGGUCUGGGAAGUGGAUGAAGAAGACGAGUAUGAGUGUGUUACUGUUGUGAACUCUCACACACAAGAUGUCAAGCAUGUUGUGUGGCACCCGACACAGGAGCUCCUGGCUUCAGCCAGCUAUGACAACAACAUUUGUAUUUACAAAGACGAGGAUGAUGACUGGGAGUGCCGGGCCACCUUGCAAGGACACACAUCCACAGUCUGGAGUUUGUCCUUUGAUGGGACUGGACAGAGACUGGCCUCCUGCAGUGAUGACCGCACUGUGAAGAUUUGGAAGGAGUAUCCAAAUGAAAGUGGAGAGGGAGACUUGCUGUGGAAGUGUGUUUGCACUCUGUCUGGGUACCAUGGACGAACAGUGUAUGAUGUCGCCUGGUGUCCGCUGACCGGGGCCCUGGCAACCGCCUGCGGUGACGACGCAGUGAGAGUGUUUAAGGAGGAUGAGUCGGCCAAUCCAGACCAGCUGGUGUUUUCGCUAGCUGCUCAGGUGACCAAAGCUCAUAGCCAGGAUGUCAACUGUGUGGCCUGGAACCCACAAGAGCCGGGCCUCCUGGCCUCCUGCAGUGAUAAUGGAGAGAUCGCCUUAUGGAGGAUCCAGGAAGACUCUACCUAAUUGGUCUGUUACUGAACAAAGGCAGUGACUGCAAGUUACACUGGGAACUGUGUGGUUCUGAGAUCACCACGUAAUUGUUUGUUCAACUUUUACAGCUUAUGUGAUAGCUCAGCAGAAUUCUGAUUAUGACGCUUCUGCACUUCUUAUACUUUGUCAGGCUGUGUACAGAAAUAUAAAACCAAAUAGAAACACUUGGGCUCAUCUUUAUUGCAAAAAAUAUUCCCAACAGCACAUCGUACUAAAAAUCAAAUAUAACUGGACAGUUCUAUUUAAACACACACUUUGGAAUAACAGUGUAGCCUUCUCAACCAGCUUAGUGUGUUUUUUUUUUUUUCUAAAAUUAUUAAAUUUCAAGCAAACCUGAAAACUGAUGGUAGAUCAUUAAGUUUCAUCUAUUUAAUGAGCUCAAAUUUAAAAUUGAGGAAUAAGUUGUUCAUCACAACUGUGAAUGGAGUUUGCUAUACAUCUGUAAUACAUAUCUAAUUAACUGUAAACAGAUCCUGUACAUCAUUCAGCUGAUUUUUAACUGAGAAACAACAGUGAAUAAACUGACAAGAGCACAGAGGGUGAAUGAGACACAGAGAAGGUCAAGCGACAUUAAGUGGGUUCAAUAUCUACAGAAU